GCUAUCAUCACCCUGGGACUGAAAACAGGGCUUUCGGCCUUCGUUUUCUUCGUUUCCGCACACGUGCUCGUGCUUUCCCACAGGCGUCGCUAAUGUUCUCCAGCGCGAUCCUUUCGCCUCCAGCAGGAGCCGGCUUGGGAACGCUCGGCCCGCCAUGCUAGGCGAGCGCUGGCUGACCGCGUGGGUGUUGCUCGCCGCCGCGCUGUGGCCCCGGUACGCGGCGAUCCCGGAGGACAGCGACCCCGGCAACGUCCAGGAGGGCCCAACAUUCGAAGAGCUCGAGGACCUCCGCAGCCGCUACAGCGCCGUCCAGAUAUCCAGGGACUCCGAGCAUAUCAAGAGAGACCUGUCGCGUGUCUUGGUCUUGGCACAGCAGGGUGAUCUGGACACCGAGGAAACAACCUUUUACUUUAUGAGGAUGCACGACUACGACGACAACAACCAACUUGACGGCCUGGAGCUGAUGCAGGCGUUCGACCACCUUCUUGAGCACAACAAUGAGACGUCGAGCGAGGCCAAGUUGGUCGCGAUGGUGGACAACUUGCUGACCGUGGACGUCAACGACGAUGGCCUCGUGUCCUUUCCCGAGUGGCUGUCGUACAUCCGCAACGUGAAGUCCAAGGAAAACAACGAAAACGGCGGUGGCGUCGCAAGCCACGAGUCAGCGAAACACUCUCAUUCAGAACAGUGACCCGAAAGGAAACAAAAAAAGCCGGCCAGAUCUCGUUUUCCGCCAUGCACCUUCAUGCCUGCACAAAGCCCAAACGAACCUUUAUUCACUUCAAGAUACGCCGGCAGCAUGGAAGCUAAACACAACACUGCGAAGUCAUGCUCGGGAAAGUGUGGACGCUGAUGUCAGGUCCUCUUGAAUCUUUGUUUGCAAGUUGUGCCAAGGUUCAGCCGCAUCCGCUGUUACUCUGAAACUUUCGAGGGACCGUAUCGGUGCCUUCGCCUUCUUCUUCUCCUCUUUUUUUUUGUUUGCGUCCAACCUUCACUAAGUCAAUGUUGCAAUGCAACAUACUUGUAAUGCCGGCGAAACCCGCGCGUGACCACUACCUCUUCUCUCUUUCCUCAACGAAGAGCAGGCGGAGUUGGUUGUUUUUGUUCAUAAGGGUUUCAAGAGAAUACGUGUGACAGUGUUUUUCAUUCUGA